GGGCGCUGUGCGGUCAACAGGCUCCGGCUGCUUCGUUCUCAGAGAAGGACCCGGCCGCAGCACAUAGGCUAAUGUCCCAACUGGUGGAGGUUUUGUGGAAACCAACAGCUGUGAACUCAUCAAAACGAACAUUAAGAGGGGACCAACGUUCUCAUUAAAGGUCCACAAGUGGUUUUUUACUCUCUGACAAAGGAGGCAGUCUCGGUUGUGCGGUCGUGACAGAAUGGCAUCAGCGGCUAUGUGGGACGAACAGCAGGCCUACGAGGAGCUGCUGUACUGGGACGACGUGAUCCAGCGGGGCCACCGGCUCCUACCUGAGGAUUUCGAGAGGUAUGAGGAGUUGCGUUACUGGUACGACUGUCUGUGUUACGAGGAGGAGCUGAGGCAGUACCACCACUUCAUGUCUUCUGUUGAAAACCACGAUGAACGCUUUGCUGAGGAGUCUGCAGCCUUUCGGAAGCCCUCGGGCCCACAAGAACGCACCAUAAUGGCCAAACACUCUGAAGUGUACCCCUCAGCGGAAAAGCUGGAGGUCGUGCAGACGAUCGUCUCCCAUGUGGAGUGUGCCCUCAAGAACGUCUCUGAUGGGAUAGAGAAGAAUAAGGGUGAAACUAAUCAAACAGGCAGCAAAACGGAGCGUACCCUGUGUGGCGUUAUGAGGGUUGGCCUGGUGGCCAAAGGACUCAUCCUGAAAGGAGACCAGGACUUGGAUCUGGUGUUGCUUUGCUCCAGCUGGCCUACGGUCGACCUGCUGAACCAAGUGGCUGAAAAGUUAUUGGAACAGCUGGAGGAUAUCUCUGCUGGAACGUAUACAGUGAGCCCGAGUCCUGAAGCUGCUGCCAUUGUUGUCAAAACCACCAAAGAGUCGGCGAUGACUCUCUCCAUCCACCUGACAUCACCUCUCGUUAGGAAGGAGCAGGCGGACGCCUCCGUGGAGGAGAAAGUAGAAACGCAAACAGUCGACGAUCCGCCGGACGUUCUGGACAGACAGAAAUGCCUCUCUGCUUUGGCGUCUCUCCGCCACGCCAAGUGGUUCCAGGCUAAAGUUAGCUCUGAUGUUUCUGUUGUCAUCGUGAUCCGGAUCAUGAGGGAUUUGUGUAUCCGCGUUCCUUCCUGGACCCCCCUGUUGGGAUGGCCUCUCGAGCUGCUGGUGGAGAGGGUCAUCGGCACAGCUGAGAGGAAAAUGAAAGCAAGUGAAUCUUUCCGCAGAGUUCUGGAGUGCAUUGCCUCUGGGUUCCUUAUGGAAGAUGCUCCUGGUAUUAAGGACCCGUGUGAAAAAGAAGAUGUCGACGCGACUGCCGGUUUGACUACGCAGCAACGUGAGAACAUCACACAGAGCGCUCAGUUCGCCCUGAGGCUGUGUGCCUUCGGACAGAUGCACAAGGUGUUGGGGGUGGACAGAAAGCCCCUGCAGCCCAGGAGGACCAUGGGAGGAGGGUACAGCAAACAGCGCUCAGCUCAGAUCCCACCCACCUCCCAGUCCAGCCUCCCAGCCAGGAACUUUCCGUUUGAGGCCGAGAGGGACGAUAGAGAGUCCAGUCGCAAAAGAAGGACAGAGAGAAUUUCCGAGUCCGAGGAGAGCCUUCCCAAGAAAUUAUUUACAGACGAUCCAAACGUAAAUGCUGUGAUGCGUCUAAACCAGUUCAACCCUCGCCUGGAGUACCGGCUCUUAUCCCAAACGGGUCCGGUCCAUGUGCCAGUUUUCACAAUGGCUGUGGAUCUAAAUGGGAAGACAUACGAAGCGACGGGACCGUCCAAACGAGCCGCCAAGCUAAACCUCGCAACCAAGGUUCUGCUUGAUCUUGGUCUCCCAACAGGUGCAAAACCUGAACCCAGCGGUGAAGCCGAGAACGCCACGACACCAGAUGAUCCUCCAGUCGCAGCUGCAAAGCCAGACGAGGGUGGGGUGGGUCACAUCUUGACCAAAAAUGGCAAAAAUCCGGUGAUGGAGCUGAAUGAAAAGCGCCGCAGCCUGAAGUAUGAGGUGACUGUAGAGAAAGGAGACUCUCGUGAGAAGUGCUUCGUCAUGGAGGUGGAAGUAGAUGGACAGCGGUUUAAAGGGAAGGGCGCUAAUAAGAAGGAAGCCAAGGCAUACGCCGCCCUCGCCGCAUUGGAGAAGCUGUUUCCAAACGACGACGGCUCCUCAAACAAAGGCUUUGCUGCCGCCAAGAAGAAGGUCACCUACACCGAUAUGCACAUCCCGGGGUUCGGCACCAUUCGUGGCAUCCCAUCAGACUCUGGGUCCCGUGGCUGGGGCCGGGGCCGAGGCCGGGGCCGAGGAAAACCUUUCACCUCAGGACCCAGCUAUAACACCACAAACUACAGCUACGAGGGCAGCUCCAACGCCGGCUAUCAUAAGCUGUACGGGAGCAACGCUGCCAGCGCCAUAGCAACGAGCAGCGCCCAGGGCGGCACCGGCUACGGCACCUUUUACCCCGAGAGCACCUCCACCUACUCCUCCCCUCCCGUCUCGAGCUCCGGCAGCACCAAGCCGGACGGCUUCACCUCCAUGCCUCCUCCCAGUGAUCAGCAGAGCCCGUACAGCUACGGCUACGGAGACGAGAAGAAGAAGAUGCUGACCCAAAGUCAGGGAGACAAUAACAUGUACAGCACCGCUUACCCCAGCUCUGUCACAGGAGGACAUUCCUACAAUGAAUAUGGCUGGGGGAACCAGUCUUCAUGGGGGAGUCAGCAGGGAUUCAACGCCUAUCAGGGCUUCCAGGGACAACACCAGGGCUCGUAUUCCGGAUACAACGCCACGAGCUUCUGAUCCUCCCACCGCUUCACUCUGAGACUUCAGUCCUAAAAAGCCACUUCUGUAAAACAACCCUUCAUAUCCUGUUUUCUGUGGAGUUGGAGUUUUGUUCUGUCGCCGUUAUGUUUUUAGUUUUUCAGAUCUUCGUUUAUGUUGAUUUUUUUUUUUAAUCUUCUGUUUCGGCUCAUUAGCAGAAAAAGGUCCAGAUUUAAAGUUCUUGUUGUUUUGAAAUAAAAGGUGAUUGAUGUCA